ACAUUUACUGUCAGGUUAGAAACAGGAAGAAAACAUCCAGUUGUUAUCCGAGUCAGGGACUGGUGUAGCAGCCUGCGUUGGAGUAGCUCAGUAAUGAGGCGGCUUUGAGAAUCGGAACCAGCCGUGGAGUUAUCAUGGUUUGUCCGGAGUAGAGACAGAACCGACUAUUAGCACAAGAAUUCAGUGCUGAUCCACUUUCCUCCGGUCCGACUGUUGAAACGAGGUGUGAAUGAGUGACGUGGUGCCUCCCACAGCUCUCAGUGAAGUCCAGCUCCGCUUCCUUUGUCACGAUGACAUAGAGAAUGUCAAACUGCUCUGUGGUGACUGGUUCCCUAUUGAGUACCCAGACUCAUGGUAUCAAGAUAUCACCUCCAACAAGAAAUUCUUCUCCCUCGCUGCCACCUUCAGAGGAAACAUCGUGGGAAUGAUCGUGGCCGAGAUCAAAAGCCGGACCAAAGUACACAAGGAGGAUGGAGACAUCCUGGCCUCCAGUUUUCCUGUGGACACGCAGGUCGCUUACAUCCUCAGCCUAGGAGUGGUCAAAGAGUUCAGGAAACAUGGCAUUGGCUCCUUGCUGCUGGACAGUCUGAAGGAGCACAUCUCAACGACCGCUCAGGACCACUGCAAGGCCAUCUACCUGCACGUCCUCACCACCAACAACACUGCCAUCCACUUCUAUGAGAACAGGGACUUCAGGCAGCACCACUACCUUCCCUACUACUACUCCAUACGUGGCGUCCUAAAAGACGGAUUCACCUAUGUGCUCUACAUUAAUGGGGGCCAUCCACCCUGGACAAUAUUUGACUAUAUCCAGCACAUCGGUUCAACUCUGGCCAGCUUGAGCCCCUGCUCUAUCCCUCAGAGGUUGUACCGCCAGGCCCAGUCGCUGCUGCGCUCUCUGCUCCCCUGGUCCAACAUCGCCUCAAAAACCGGCAUACAGUACAGCAGAACCAUGUGACGUAGUGGAGGCCAUUCACAACGGGAGCUACACCUUCACCGUCUUUGCAGCAUCUACCGGAUCUCAUCAUCUCCCUUUUUAUCUGGUAUUUUUUUAGGAGCUCAGCUGUCUCGAUCCCCGUCAGUCUUCCCUUGUGCAGACCAAGUUCACAACAUUCUUAAUUUCUUAUGGCUUCCCUCUUCCUGUCUGCAUGACAAAGGACUCAGGUUAAACAUUUCUUCAUUCCUGUGCCAGAUUCUUAACAUUGAUUUAAAACAUAUUUGGUCCUAAACCUUCAGAUAAAGAUGUGUAUUUGUACAGUGGUUGCAGGUGGUUUUGGAGAAAAACCCACAGCUUUACUAGUUCUUGUACUUGGAUAUAGAUACCUAUAACACUGGGUUCCUUAGGUUAUCCUACCUGUAACCUGCGUUUACUACGUUAUUCCACAGUCCAGCCAAUCCAGAAUGGCCAGCAGAGAUUGUACAGUAGGAGUUCAAGGAUGGCGCACCCACCAGGAACCAUAGAGAGCUGCACAUCAUAUCUCCUUUCAUCUUGUCAACUACUGUCAGAUACUAUGUAUUCUAUUUGUAUAUAUUAUAUUUAGCUAAUAUAUAAAUUUAUCUUAAUAUGUAUGUGGAUUCUACUGUAUGUUAUUAAUGGGUUUAGUUGGACGAUGACCCAUCCUUGUCCCUUUUUUUUAGUGUAGAUUUAAGUCUGAAUCAAUUGCAGUUUUAUAAAAUUGACACUGAAAAUAAACAAAGCAGAUUUUAUUAAUGAGGUUAUAGGUAACUUGGUUGAAAUGAAUUUGAUUAAAGAAAGUAGUUUCUUGAAAGAUUUUAAGCGGGCUAGUCAUUUAAUCUUAUCUGUAAUUCUUCCCUACAAACACUCAUUGAAAUCGGUUUUUAUUAGCAUAGAGAAACCGUAUUAUUUUACUGGACAUUCUGUCCACUUAGUGGGAAUGCAGUGCUGUUAAGGAAAAUGCUCAUAACUCCAUAUAACAAUAAAGUCUCUAAGCUGUUUCCAUUUUAA